UACAGACAGAGUAGAGGGUCGUCUUGUUGUUGAAUCGUGUUGGAUGUCACCACAAAAAUAUUAAUAUUAAUGGCGAAUAUCCUUUUCCUAAGCCUAGCAAUCUUCAUUGCAGCUUUAACAUUCGUCGCAAUUUAUUUCUCGGCUCUAACGUUUCAUUCCGAUUUAGUCGAUGAGGCAAACUUCGUUAAGACAAUGUAUUUCAAUUGGGGCUCUCAGCAUUCAUCUUUUCUCGACUCCGGCGACGAUGCUACCUUAGUACUCGACCAGACUUCCGGUUCUGGAAUUAAAUCGAAGACGUCGUUUUUAUUUGGAAGUUUCGAAAUGCUGAUCAAGCUUGUACCCGGAAACUCUGCUGGCACCGUCACUGCUUAUUAUUUGUCUUCAAAUGGGGAGAAGCAUGAUGAAAUAGAUUUUGAAUUUCUGGGAAAUAAAUCAGGGCAGCCAUAUAUUAUACAUACAAAUAUAUAUACAGACGGCGGAGGAGGACGAGAGCAGCAGUUCUACCCGUGGUUCGACCCGUCGGAAGAUUACCAUAACUACACCAUCCAUUGGAAUCCAUCUCAAGUUGUGUGGUAUGUAGACAGUAUUCCAAUCAGAGUAUACAGAAACUACCAAGGAGAAGGAAUCCCAUACCCAAACCAGAAGCCAAUGAGGGUUUACUCCAGCCUAUGGAAUGCUGACAGCUGGGCAACAAGGGGUGGCCUGGAUAAAAUUGAUUGGACGCAAUCGCCCUUCGUCGCUAAACUACGUCGUUUUAGAUCACGGGCUUGUGCGUAUACCGGGCCCACCGAUACAGCCCAAUGUGGUGCGCCUACACCCGAAAACUGGUGGAGCUCCGCCAUGUAUAGUUAUCUUAACGUUGAUCAACGGCGGCAGAUGAAUUGGGCGAGGAGUAAUUAUUUGAUCUACGAUUAUUGCAAGAAUAUCAAACAGUUCAAUGGGUUUUUACCUGGUGAAUGUUUAAAAGUACAAUAUUAGAUUAAUACAUUGGACAUAAGAAUUGGAUAUUCUUUAAUUUCAUUUAUUCUUUUGAGAAAUUUAACAAGAUAUGUUAAGUUCAA